UGCACAAAAGCAAAUCUAUUGAUGGGGGCGAACUGCAACCCACUGUCAAAGAUGUAAACAGAUUCCUUCCGGAAUGGAUGACAGAAAAUUAAUAAAUUUGGUCUCGCAACACCCGGAAAUCUACGAUAUUUAUGGCGAAGGAUUCUCCAACAAGAAUCUCAAAGAGCAAGCAUGGAACCGAAUCGCCAAAGGAAUGGAGAUGACAACUAUCGCAUGCAAAGCCAAAUGGAACAUCCUUCGCAACUCAUACAUCCGCUACUUGCGACAAAAAGUCAAAUGGAAGAACAAAACACGAAACAAGAAAAAAUGGCAUUUAGCCGACGAAAUGACUUUCAUGCGAGAUUACGUAAAACUCCACACAAAAGCUGAGAUGGAUAACAUGAUGCCACCCGAUGGCACUACAAACGAGGAUUUUCUCAACGAGCACCGAUAUGCAGACCUGAAUAUCUCUCCUGCCCUGCAACCGUCACAAAGCAGCGAUGUCGAACGGCGAGUGAGUGAUUUGACCACUGACCACAUUAUCGACUUACUAAAGACAAGAGCUCCCUCGAAGGAAGUGAGUCCUAGUAACCCGCACAUAAAUUUCUUCAAUAGUUUGAUACCGGAUAUCGAAAGAUUAUCUUCGCGGCGACAGAGGAAAUUCAAAGAGCAAGUGAUGACACUUUUGAAUAAUUUCCUAGACGAGGAGGAGAAUGAAGCGGUGGCCACUCCGUUUUCGAAAUAUGGCACGUAGUGGAGUGAGCAUUAGUGGUAGCUUGAUGUAAUUGUAAUUAUUUUUAGAUUAAAUAUAUAAAGCGAUUUUAAUGGCUUUGCAAAUAAAUGUUCAGUAUUGAUAACUAUU